GAGCAUUUCUCCUGGAGCCUCCGACCUCGCUAGUUCUCCUCAACUGGGCUCCGGCUGCUGCUCGGAGUCCGCGAUUGGUCACUGCCUCCUGUUCUAAGUGGAGCGAAUUUGCCCACUAGUACUCUUGUUCGCGCCUUACAGAGAGGUCAAAGUCGUCUCCGGCACACCGAUGCAAGCCUACGCCUACCAAAGGCUAAGUCCCGGGAAAGUUGCGCACGCAACUCCCCGCCAAUUCCUGACAAUGGGCAACUACUGCCUUGGCUUCAAGGAACAGCUGAUGCGGCGGCUGCGGCCUUUGCCCACUCUGCUUAUCAUCCGCGCUUUCAUGCCCCAGAGAAGGAGCAAAGACUACCGCGUGGUGGUGGUCGGCCCCGCGGGCGUGGGCAAGAGCGCGCUGGUGCAGAGGUGGGUGCGCGGCACCUUCCGUGAUGCCUACCUGCCAACCAUCGAAGACACCUACCGCCAGGUGAUGAGCUGCGACAACAGCGUGGGCGCUCUGCACAUCACCGACACCGCUGGAAGCCACCUAUACCCGGGCCUGAAGCGCCACGCUAUUGCCAAGGGCCAUGCGUUCAUUCUUGUCUACUCGGUCACCAAGAAGCAGACCCUGGAGGAGCUGAAGCCCUUCUAUGAGCUGAUCCGCGAGAUCAAAGGCAAUAAACUGCAUAAAUGCCCCAUCUUGCUGGUUGGCAACAAACGUGAUGAGAGCCACCGUGAGUUGGCGGCGAGGGAUGGAGCCGCCUGCGCGCUGGAGUGGAAUUGCGCCUUCUUCGAGACCUCCGCGAAGAUGGAUGUCAACGUGAGCGAGCUGUUCCUCAUGCUGCUGACCCAUGAGAAGAAGCCUGCUAGCUGCCUCCAGAUCCCCCAGAAGAAAGCUGAGGUGCCCAAGACCACCGAGAAGCUGCUCGAUAAAUGUAUCAUCAUGUGAGCUCUGGGCCUCAGGGGCCCAACCUGCCUCUCCAUGUGCUGUGCAAAAAGCAGGGACUAAUCCCAGUGUAAUGUGUAGCCUGUAUGUGACUGGUUUUUUUGUGUUUUCAAGUAUGUCUUGUGGCUUAGAUUGUAAAACAGAUAGGUGUUAGUAAAUGUCCCUUGUGAGUUAAUAACUUUUCUUUUUCUCAGCCAAGAGAAUUCAAAUUGCUAAACCAUUAACAUUGGAGAAGGGAAAAAUAAGGAGAGCAUGAAGCAUUUAAAAGAAAUGAAAUCUGGAUAGAGGGACUUUACAGAAAAUGUUUUUAAAAAGAGAAUAACAUAUGGAAAUGAAUUGAGAGAUGCCACACUAGCAGUAUUAUUGUGUAUUACUUUAAUCAUUUCAAGUCCUGUAACUGUCUGAUAUUCUUUCCAUAGUGUAUUUGUUUAAGUAAUGUGUUUGCGUAACAAAACUUUUGACAAAUUGCUGUAAGAAAGAUGCACUAAACAGGGAAAAGAAAUGAAUAAUCUGUAGUUGAUCACUGGGCUGGAAAAAAUUGUGAGAGUGGAACCUGCUUACCAAAGAUGUGCUAGUUGUUUCUUACAUCACUUAAAAAUGUUUGGG